CCAGCCGCCACAGAACAACAGGCAGUCGUACUACGCCGCACCGUCCCCUCAGCCGUCCCAGUACGCCUACCAGAGCUAUCCACCGCCCUACAGAGGCCAGCCCUACGCCCAUCUCACCUCCCCCUCCGUCCACACCCAGUCCAUAACCAGCAACCACAACCCCGGCAUCAUCGUCCCACAGCCAGACCCACCCCCAGACGCCAGCCUCGAGUCCCUCACCCGCGCAGGUCUUACUCCCGCACAGGCGUACCAGGCUCAGGUCUACCUCAACAGUCCCAUCGGCCAGCAGCAGAACAGAUACAGCCCCGCAUCGUCCAGCAUCCAUCACGGAGACUCCCCUCCCCACGUGCCCUCAAUCGCCACAGACAACGGUCGGCUAGGCAUUGAUUUCGACUCGGACAGCCCGACGACCACAAACGGUGACGGAUCCUGGCAGAACGACUCGUAUUACUCGCGUGGAAACCAAUCACUAGGAGCGCAGGGUUACUAUCAGUCCCAGCAACAGUACCAGCCCGAUGCCGCUUCGCUCCGUUCCUCGACCGGUUCCGACCUCGUGGCAUCCUCUUCUCGGCCAUACCCCCUCCAGCUCGACACCGCACGGCUCAACGCACCACAGCACCAACAGGCCGUAGGCGCCUCUCCAGCCUCCUCGAACUUCGUCGACAUCUCUACCAACCCUUCGACCGCCACCUCCGCCUCGACCGCCGCCGCCGCCGCUCCCACUACAGCGACCACGAACGGCUCAAGACGCUCUUCUGACUCUUCACGCUCGAGACCUGGUGUGCUCCUCCUUCGUGAUCGUUCUUCCGCAGAUCGGACUCGGUCGAUGUCCGUAGGUCAGGGCCGAGCGGCAGAAGCGGCCGUAGGGCCAGGUUUACCCUCACCUACGCCUUCCGCGCGAGCGAGCCAGAAACCGACGCUCCCUCCGCUCCCUGGGUCGAGCUCUAUCAUCUCCACAAACACGCUCAACUCCUCCUCAAACACCGCACGCCCACAUUCCUCCCAUUCACAUCCCCACCAUCCAAAAUCCGACAAACCACGACGGACGCCAAUCGUCUACCCCGCGCUGCUCUCCCGCGUCGCCGAGGCGUUCCGGGCGCGGAUUCAGCUCAUGGAUCGCGUGAAGGAUGGGCUGACGUACAAGGAGGCGUUCGACGGACGACAGGCGGUGGACAAGAUCGCGUAUAUCAUCAAGACGACGGAUCGGAAUUUGGCGCUGUUGCUCGGCCGGGCGUUGGACGCGCAGAAGUUCUUUCAUGCGGUGACUUAUGAUCAUCGCCUACGGGACUCGGCGACGGACGUGUAUCAGUUCCAGACGCGCUUGCCGAGCCCGUUCACGAGCGGGGAGUUGGCAGGUUUAGGAGACAAUGGAGGCGGGAGCGGCGUGAAUGGGGAAGGGGAAGGAGACGGGGGGAGCGUGGAGGGGACGACGGUCGUGGGUGGCUCUGUGAGGACGACGACGAACGCGCAGAGACCAGGGUCGACCGUGACGGGUGGGAGCUCGUCGCCUUCGAACGAGAUCGGCGGCUUGCCGCCUACUUCGGCCACUACGACGACCACCAACACGAGCACGAACGACGGCUCGGUCUCGCCUGCGCUCUCUGCCGAUGCGCACCCUACGAUGCUCGUGGACGCGCAUUUUCCGUCGACGUCGUCUACGAAACCUUCGAGGGCGCGGAGCACGGUAGGCUCCAUCCAUCAUAAUAACACCCACCAUCACGGCGCGAGCGUCGUCGCCGGUGAUUCACACACGCCCUCGACAUUGACAGACGAUUCCUCGCCACUCCCCACCGGCGUCUUCACCCUCCUCACGGACUGCUACUCGCCCACAUGCUCACGCGACCGGCUCUGCUACUCGAUAACCUGUCCCCGGCGGCUCGAACAGCAGGCACGAUUGAAUAUGAAGCCGCAGCCGGGGUUGAAGAAGGAGAUGAGCAGGGAGAGUCUGGGAGAAUUGGUCGAGCCGGGGUUGUUGUGGAUCCAUAGCGUGCCGCAGGAGAUUGUGAAUUCGGUGAGCGAUCAGGAGAAGAGGAGGCAGGAGGCGAUUAAUGAGGUUAUUUAUACGGAGAGGGAUUUCGUGAGGGAUAUGGAGUAUUUACGCGAUCUCUGGAUCGCCCCACUGAGGACACUCGACAUCAUCCCCGAACCGCGCCGGUCCGACUUCAUCGAACAAGUCUUCUGGAACAUCCACGACAUCAUAGCCGUGAACACGCGUCUGCGGGACGCGCUCAACAAGCGACAGAAGUCGUACGCCGUCGUGGAGAGCGUGACGGAUAUUUUUGCGGAGAUGGUGCCGCAUUUCGCACCGUUCGUGAGUUAUGGGGCGCAUCAGCUGUAUGGGAAGUAUGAGUUUGAGAAGGAGAAGAGUUCGAAUGCGGCGUUUGCGCAGUUUGUUGAGGAAACCGAACGUCGCCCCGAAUCGCGCAAACUCGAACUAAACGGCUACCUCACGAAACCGACCACCCGUCUCGCGCGCUACCCGCUCUUGCUCGAGGCCGUGCUGAAGCAGACGCCGGCGGACCACCCGGACAAGGAGCGGAUACCGAAGGUCGUCGCGAUGGUCCGCGAGUUUUUGGCAGAGGUGAAUCUGCAGACGGGCAGGGCGGAGAAUAGGUUCAAUUUGUUGCAGUUGGAUCAGCAGUUGGUGUUUAGGCCUGGGGAACAGGUGGACUUGCGGUUGAAGGAGGAAGGGAGAGAGUUGAUUUACAAGGGAGCGUUGAACAGGAGAGGGACGGGUCAGGGGGAUAGUGGAGAGUUGCAGGUGUUCUUGUUCGAUCAUGCGCUGCUCAUGGUCAAGCAGAAGAGCAAGGGCGACCAGUACAAAGUCUACCGACGGCCAAUACCACUCGAACUCCUCUUCAUCUCUACCCAUGAGGAGCAGACCAAUGGCUCCUCGAAGAACGGCACAGUCCGCCAAGCCCGGCUCGUCAAGCAUAACAACUCGACGAGCACCGCCGGGACGUCCUCCGCCGUGACCGCGCACUCCGCGGCGGUCUCGAGCCUGAACCUGCCUUACCCUCCCCAAAUACCGAUCCAGGCGGAGCGGGGCGGGAAGAACUCGUUCGCGAUCACGUUCGUGCAUCUGGGAAGGAAGUACUACCAGAUGACGCUGUACGCGAGCACGCUGGUGAGCCAUAAGAAGUGGGUGGAGAAUGUGACGAGGCAGCAGGAGGCGAUGCGGGAGAGGAGCAUGUUUUUUGAGAUGGAGGCGUUGAAUGAGGGGUUCUUUAUUAGUCCUGGGAAUGCGACGAAUUGUGCGGCGCCGUUUAAUGGCGGACGGAAAGUGGUGUACGGUACCGACGACGGGGUGUACAUCUCGGAUCUGAGGGAUCAGAAUCGGGACCCUGUGAAGGUGCUUGCGCUCACUGACGUCGCACACGUCGAUGUCCUGGACAACUACGGUCUCCUCAUCGUGCUCUCCGAGGGCCAAGUGAUCACAUUCCCACUGGACGCGCUCGACCCGAUGGAUCCCACCGCUGGCCUGAAGCGUGCGAAGCGGAUAGCGUCGCACACGUCGUUCUUCAAGACGGGGACGUGCAUCGGCCGGACGUUCGUCUGCGUCGUCAAGACGAGUCCGCUCUCGAGUACGAUCAAGAUCCUGGAGCCGAUCGAUCAGAACGUGAGGGGGAGGAGUAAGCCGACGUUUAGGAAGCUGUUGCAGGGCGGGAACGAUACGUUGAGGAUAUACAAGGAAUUUUAUAUCCCGGUCCAGUCAAGCUCGAUACAUUUCCUCAAGACGAAACUCUGUGUGGCUUGCGUUAAUGGGUUUGAGAUUAUCGACCCGGAGACGUUGGACACCCAGGGUUUGCUCGAUCCAGGUGAUGAGAGCUUGGAGUUUGUGAGGCGGAGGGCGGAUAAUUUGAAGCCGAAGCCGAUGGCGAUCUAUAGGAUCGAAAACGAGUUUUUGUUGUGCUACGAAGAGUUUGCGUUCUAUAUCAACCGGAACGGAUGGCGGUCAAGAAGAGAUUUCAUGGUACACUGGGAAGGAUCACCCACCGGAUUCGCUCUUCAUUACCCUUACGUCCUCGCCUUCGAGCCUACCUUCGUCGAGAUUCGCAACGUCGAAACAGGAUCGAUGUCCCAGAUCAUCCAAGGCAACGACCUCCGCUGUCUGUUCGCCGAUACGCCACCCUCCGCGAUCCACGCCGGCGCGGCGCGGGUCAACUCUGUGGGAUCGAUCAGCACUGGUGGCUACGGCCAACAGUCGGUCUAUAAUCCUUAUGCUGCUCCCGGCAUUGUGGGCCAUCAUCCGUAUGCUCAGGCAUCGUACGGUGGGGUUAUGAGGGGCGGCGCACCGGGUAUGUAUGCUCAGCAGACAAUGCCUGGACAGGUGCCAGUGUACAUGGGGCAGCAUGGGAUGGGACAACAUGGCAUGCCGUCGCCGGUGCCUAGUCAGUCGUCGUCGAGGAUGUCGCAUCAGGCGAGUGGGCGGGACGAGAUCAUCAUGGCGUCGGGUGAUAGGAUAAUGACGCUGAGGAUGGUACAGCCGGGCUGAGGACGGCAUUGAGUGUGUUGAUUCUCUCUAUUUUUCGUUUUCUGUUCCGAUGGUCAAGGAGGAGGAUGGAUGUGGAUGGUCGUUUUGGUGCUUUUCUGUCGUCGAGUUUGUUGCUGUUUAUUUGUUUUCUGUUCACUGUUUUUUCUUUCCUUUUCGCGAGGUGUUCUUGUUCUUUUUUGGUUGAUUGAUUACUUUAUGGUUGCGACUCGUCCCGUUUCGUCUCGAUACCGCUCGAAAGGGAGACUCCGUCAUAUCACCAUCUGUUCUAUUCUCUCUUCUCUAACUCUCUCUCUCUCUAACUCUCUCUUCAUUUCCGCCUCUCCACGUCUCUUCGUUUCUCCAUCUCAUCUGUUCUCGCACUCAUACAUACAUACAUACAAUUCUGCCCCAACCUAGCAUCAUUCACCCUCAUCCAUACACCGCACACAUUAUCUAUAUAUCCUGCCUCUUCGAGCUCUCGCCCUUCCUUCCUUCCUUCCUUCCUUCUAUCUCUUCCCUCUCUUCUUCUGCCCCAUUUCCUCGUCUCCCCGUCUGCGUGCUUCUGUGUGCUCCUCCGCCCUUACUCUUGCCUCUCUCACUUUAUCCUUGUCUUUUUU